ACUUACCUACUUUGGAAUUGGAGGAGAGAAAGAACAAAGAAGAGUUCAGAUUUUCCCCAAAGACGAUGAUGAUGAAAUCUGUUUGCUCGAUUUCAACAGCUCCAUUGAUUCGUUCGUCUCCAUUUCAAUCUCUUUCUCGGGCAAGCUUGAAUCAUCGAUUUACCCUCAAGAGUCCAGCUUCGCUCUACUUAUCCCAUCCAACAACUACAAGUUGCUGUUUUUCAAACCCAUGGAGUUCUCAGGAAUCAUUGGAUUCCUCCCAUGGUGGAAUGUCGUCUAAGGAAUCGAUUAGUGUAUUUGUAGGUGAUUCGCUUAAAAACCUCAAGAUGCAAGUAGGCAGCCCAGCUAUUUCUCUGCAUUCUAUCAAUCCGAUAGCCAAGCUGAGUCUGAGUGAUCAGGCAUUUCUUCUCUUGGCCUUCAUCGCUUGCACGACUUCAGUGGCUUUUACAAGUCUUGUGGUUGCAGCCAUUCCCACACUUCUGGCCAUGGGUAGAGCUGCAACUUCCUUUGCGAAGUUAGCUGAUACAGCUCGGAAAGAACUCCCUAGUACCUUGGCAGCCGUAAGGCUCUCCGGCAUGGAAAUAAGUGAUCUUACUCUUGAAUUGAGUGAUUUAAGCCAAGAGAUAGCUGAUGGGGUAAACAAAUCAGCAAAAGCGGUCCAAGCAGCUGAAGCUGGAAUCAAACAGAUUGGAACACUUGCACAGCAGCAAACUCUCUCAAUGAUUGAAGAGAGAGCAAAUUUACCAGAAAUAUCGCUGCAACCUGUAGUGGCUGGUGCAGCCGAGAAAACUUCUCAAGCAAUUGGCAGUGUAACCAAGAGACUGAUGAACAUCAUAACCGGAGGAGACAAGGAUGAAGAAGAAGAUACAUUAGGCAUUUAGAAAGCUUUUAUUUAGACUGUUCUUCUUUGUCCGUAGACUCCAUUUAGGGAAACAUAGAAUCUAUCAUGAACAAGUCCUCCUUUAGUAGAAUUUGGUAUAUUUUGUGAAAAUCUGAUGUGUAGUAAGACACAAAAGAAAAAAUUACAGUUGAGUUUUAUUUACUUCAUCUUAAA